UCAAAUCAACGUGAAUUAAGCCACAUGACACCACACACACUUCAGUGGCUUGGCAGUACUUCCUCGCCUGUGCUGGGCUGUAUGUCAUCUGAAUAUCUAUCUGACUAUCUAACCAGCAGUGUGUCAGAGGCGAGAGGAAUAUAUUAUAUUUAUAUUAUAUAAUAUAUAUUAUAUUAUAGCAAACACCGCUGGUCCUACCGCACGACUGAGCAUAAAACACGAAGGUGGAAAAAACAAAUAACACAGCGGACAGCGACAUCUCAGGAACUAAAGUUUUAACGAAUUAACCUGUGUUUAGCUAAUACAGUAUUUACAUUUUGUAAUUCAGCAGUUUUUGAGGGAAGAACAAACGGAUCUCGGUGACAUGGACUGCAACCUUCGGCGUCUAAAACAUGAACUGGAUUCUUUGUGGCAGUCGGAUGAGGGUCUCCAAGCUCAGAUGAAUUCUGUUAUCGGUGCCCUCCAGGAGCUCAAACUCUUGCAGGUCCAGACUGCGCUGGAGGAGCUGGAGUUCUCCAGUAAAACAAGCCAGGCCUCUUCAUACACUGGCAAAAUGCUCGAUCAGAUAAACUACAGUUCAAGAAUAACCCACUUGAACCAAACACAGAAUCCAGAAAAAAGUAUUUCACAAGAAAGUUUCAGGACUGAGCUUACCAUGGAACCAUCUUUGUUCCUCACUAGUUCUCCAGCAGAGAACCGCCAUAUUCCCAGGAGGGUUUACGGAGGAAGUCUAAGCACUUCUUCCUCUUUUUCCUCUCAGGAAGACACAACUGACAACAGUUUCUCCUCAUACGAUAUUGAUGACUCUACUGACUGGACAGCCUCAUUGAUGAACCAUAGUAGAAACAGACAGCCAUUGGUAUUGGGCGACAAUGUUUUUGCUGAUUUGGUUGGAAACUGGCUGGACCUGCCUGAUGUUGAAGGCCAGGCGGCAGGUGAGGAUCAAAAUGACUCGAGUCUUAAAGAAACGCUUUCAGAGUCAUCAACUAGCGGUCACUCUCAGGAUCUCUCCAGGAAACUCUCACUAACAGCUAACAUCUUCAAGCGAGUCCUACGCCGCGUUCGGCCACGACACCACCAAGAAAGUGAAGGAAUGGAUGUGUGUAAACAACCAAAAAUCACAUGCAGAAAGCCAAAGUCAGAUAUCAGCAAGCCAUUCUGGGUGAGAACAAGAGGAAUGAAGAAGAAAACCACACCCACCAAACAAAAGGGCAUGACUUAUCAGGGCUCAGAGGGUUUGACUGACAGAGGAUGGGUGGAUAUUGUAGAGAAACGUCCAUCUGUGUUUGAUUACAGCUCAGCUGUGUGGGUCUAAUAUAAUUAUUAACGAAAGACACCGUUACACAUGUUGUUAGACAUAAUUAGUGGACUUUAUGAUCAAAAUUGUUGUAACAAGAUGCUGAAGUGCACCUAGUUGGCAAUUUGUUAUUCCAACAUUUCAUAUUCAAGUCAAAAACAUACAGUAAUAUGGAAGUAGUCUAAACAAAAUAAUUAUAUUGUGAACUACAAACACAAAUAACUAAAUCUGAAUUCAGAACGAUGAAAUACAUUAAUUUAUAUCACUUCAUCAUGGUAUCACAACUAAAUAUGAAGCAAUCCAUAAAAGUUAAGCAAUAAACACCAUUCACUACAGACUGCGAUGUUGAGGUAAUAUCGUCCUUCUUUCUCAAGUGAGAGGAGUAGCACUCCAGAAGCUAUUGAAUCCAAAGUUAUGUAAGGUAAGCAUCUCUGGAAUGCAUUUUGUAUGUAUGUUUUUUGUUAUUUAGUUUUUUGAGAUGUGUGCAUGGUAGAGUGAUGCUAACAGGAAAAAAAUAUAUGAGCCUAAUGCUGUUUCUGCUGAUGUCUGUAUCCAUCUGUUUAGGUUUAGGCCUAACUGUCAAUCAUUCUAUGAAAUAGUCCUGAAUUGUGCUUUUUUACAAAUGUCUUACUCAUUUCUUAGCUUUGCAAGCAUAAACCUGCUUUGUAUUGGUCAGAAAAUCUAUGCAAUGAUGCUAAACCUAAACCUAAAUGCCUUUUUUAUUAGCACCUUCAUGUUAUCUGUAAUAAAUAAAUGCCUGUGGGUGCUGCUAUAGUCUGUAUACCCGAGCUAUGGUAAUUACAAAAAAAUCUACUUGAAGUUCCUGUAAACCUAUAGGAGUACAUUUUGUAAAAGGGAUAUUCCAUUCAAGUCUUGUGCAUCAUGAAAAUCUGCUUUUGUCACACCUAAUCAAUGAAUGUUUAUGAAUUAAGAGACAGUGUUUGCAUUUAAUGCAGCAUGUAAUCUGGUGUGCAACAAAAACAAAUUUGUAAUGUUUAUGUUUGUUGCAUUCCAUGUCUGCAAAAAGCUUUGUAGAAAAAUGUAAGAGAAGUGAAAUUAUAUGGCUUUGUCCCAUAUUUGUAACUACAGUACAUAAAGUGAGCCACACUGAAACACUGUAUCUGUAUAAUGGUCUAUGUUGG